CUAAACCCACCCCAAAAAGAACAAUAACGGUUGGAAAAAAUCAAGAAUGAGAGAGCUUGUCAUUCUGAGCUCAUCCUCCAUUGUUACUCCUCCAAAUCCAUCUUCCUCUUCUACUCCUCACCACCAUUCUCCAAAACCUAGAGCCAAAUCCUCACCUCACAAUCUUUUCCCUGCCCCUUCCAAAUCAAUAUCUACCGUCCAUUCCCGCUCUCCUCCUCUCUCCAGCGCUCGAGAGGACCUCUCCCGCCACAAGUCUCUCCUCAACUACUACCUCGACCUAGCUUCUAAGCUUGCCGAGGAUGGCCGCCUUCAUGACUUCUCUAUAAUUGCAGAGUCCGUUAUUGCUUCAGGUGUUGAGGCUUCACAGUUUGUUGCUGGACUUAAUGUGGUUUCUUUGGCCAAGGGAAUUUCAAAGAAUCUUGGAGAGGGAAAUGUAGAGAGUGUUGAUGAGGUUUUGAGGAGAGUUGAGAAGUCGGGAAUUCCUCCGUCGAAGCUUUUUGAUGGGGUGGCUAUGGAAUUGCUUAGAACAGAGUGUGUACGGAUUGUGAAUAGUGGUAACCUGGAAGAAAUCGUUGGUUUAAUGGAGAUUCUUGCUGGCUUUGGAUUCUGCAUCAGAGAACUAGUGGAGCCAUCUCAAGUUAUUAAAAUCUGUAUUCAUAAACGUAAUCCACAGAUGGCAGUGAGGUAUGCAAGUCUCUUUCCACAUGAAGGUAUAUUAUAUUGUACCAUCAUAAAUAAAUUUGGGAAAAGAGGGGACUUGGAUUCUGCUUUGGCAGCAUACGAAGCAUCUAAGGAGCACUCAAGUGUUCCUAAUAUGUAUGUUUGUCGUGCAACAAUUGAUGUUUGUGGUCUCUGUGGCGACUAUAUGAAAUCCAGGUAUAUUUAUGAGGACAUUUGCAAGCAGAAGGUCAUCCCAAAUAUCUAUGUUUUCAACAGUCUCAUGAAUGUGAACGCCCGUGAUUUGGGUUACACAUGGCAUGUAUACAAGAGCAUGCAAGAUCUCGGCGUAACAGCAGAUAUGACAUCUUACAACAUCCUUUUGAAGGCAUGCUCUUUUUCCAGAAGAGUGGACUUGGCCCAAGACAUUUAUCGAGAAGUGAAGCAGUUGGAAUCAGCAGGACUUUUGAAGUUGGAUGUCUUCACAUACUGCACCAUCAUUAAGAUCUUUGCUGACACAAAAUUAUGGCAAAUGGCAUUAAAAAUUAAAGAAGAUAUGCUAUCAUCCGAUGUUACUCCUAAUACAUUUACAUGGUCAUCACUGAUCAGUGCCUGUGCCAAUGUGGGUCUUGUAGAGCAGGCAAUUAAAUUAUUUGAAGAGAUGCUUUUAGUUGGCUGUGAACCAAAUUCACAGUGUUGCAACAUCCUUUUACAUGCUUGUGUAGAGGCUUGCCAGUAUGAUAGAGCUUUUCGGCUUUUCCAGACCUGGAAAGGAAGUGAAGUCCAGGAUAGUACCGUUGGAGAUCGAAAUGGCACUAGCAAUAGUACAAAUACAGGGCAUGCAGACAAAGAUAAUAUAACUACUGUGCAAAAACUAGCAUCUAAUUCACAUUAUUUAACCUUUAUUAAGAAACUUCCCUUCACGCCCUCAUCAACAACAUAUAAUAUAUUAAUGAAAGCAUGUGGCAGUGAUUACCGCCGUGCAAAGACCUUGAUGGAUGAGAUGAAGAGAAUGGGCCUUUCUCCCAAUCAUAUAAGCUGGUCAAUAUUGAUUGAUAUAUGUGGAAGUUCAGGCAAUGUGGAGGGUGCCAUACAGAUUUUGAAGGACAUGCGCAUGGCUGGAAUAGAACCUGAUGUCGUUGCAUAUACAACAGCUAUUAAGGUUUCUGUGGAAAGUAAAGAUUUGAAGCUGGCAUACUCAUUAUUUGCGGAAAUGAAAAGACACCAAAUAAAACCAAAUUUGGUCACAUACGACACAUUGCUAAGAGCUCGAACCAGAUAUGGUUCCUUAAAGGAAGUACAACAAUGCUUGGCUAUAUAUCAGGAUAUGAGGAGAGCAGGGUACAGAUCCAACGAUUACUAUCUUAAGCUACUAAUAGAGGAAUGGUGUGAAGGAGUAAUACGAGAUAAUGAUCAGACCCAGGACCAGGUUCAAUCUCACAAAAGAACCAACUUUGGGAGACCCCACAGUCUUCUUCUUGAGAAAGUUGCAGCACACUUGCAGAACAAUGCUGCUGAAAGCAUAUCAGUUGACCUGCAGGGCCUGACAAAGCUUGAAGCUCGGAUUGUGGUUCUUGCAGUUCUCCGAAUGAUCAAAGAGAAUUUCACUUCAGGACAUUCAGUAAAAGAUGACAUGUGGAUAACCUUAGGAGUCGAUAAAGUAAGUAUGCUUCCUGCCACAGGGAAGUCAGAGGUGAAAGAUGCAAUCUUUGAACUUCUGCAGAAUGAAUUAGGGCUUGAGGUACUGAUUGCAGUUCCUAGAUUUAUGGUUAACCUAGAGAUGGAUUUGGAAAACCCUCUUGAUUCAGAUUCAAAAUGGCUAAAAAGUUUUGAAAGAGAUAGGAAGAUGGUGUCUUCCCCUCGGCGACCUAUAGCCGUACAGAGGUUGAAGGUCACAAGGAAUUCAUUGCAUGAUUGGCUGCAUAGACGAGCAGGUGCUAUUAGAAGGUGAUUAUUGUUUCUGUACAAAUGCAAUAUUUGUAUAUUAUUUGUACAUGUACUCUUUUUUUUUUACCAGUCUGUGAUUCAUUCAAGCAGCAGGCCACAAUGCUAUGCCUAUGAUACAAGAUAAAAUGUAACUUACAGAAUAUAUUGUAAUAAAAGAGCUAUUUCCCAUCUA